AUGGACAGGUUACACGCCCUCGAAGCUGCGCUAGAGAAGAUUGUGUUAGAUCCCAAGUACCACGAUAUCCUCACAUUGGUAAAAGGUGUAAGGAAUGGCAUCGUAUAUGGAAGUAAAGUGCGGUUUCCGCAUGCGCUUGUAAUGAUCUUUCUCUUCAGAUCCGGAAGGAGAGCAUUUACUGACAAAGCGCUAAACAGUAUCCGAUCAAAAUGCUCACUCGUCUACAAAGCGACCCGCCAACAUGCCCGUAACCUUGGCCUCUUCGCCCUCGUCUACAAGUCCACCAUGCUCUUCCUCCGACACACUUCCCCGACCGGCAAAGAAAGGCACUACGAUUCCUUCCUCGCCGGUCUACUAGGCGGCUACACAGUCUUCGGUCGCACAAUCCACAACUCCGUGUCUCAGCAAAUCGUCAUCUACGUAGCUGCACGCGUAUGCUUAGCAUUAGCAAAGCUAGCAGUACAACCACGACAUGUUGGGGGCGGAGCUAGUGGACAAGGAGUAAAGGGAGGUAGUGGUGGGUGGGAGCUAUUUGGCAACGGGGAGAUGAGGAAAAAGAUGGCGAAGAAUGGUUGGCCGGUUUUUGCCAGUCUGAGUUGGGCGAUGGUCAUGUAUAUCUUCAGGUGGCAUCCUGAGAGUGUGCAAAGCAGUCUGAGGAGUAGUAUGAGUUAUAUUUAUGUACAGUCGGAUGACUGGGAUUCGCUACGGACGUUGCUUUGGCAUAACAAAUAA